ACAAAAUAUUGAAACGGGAUAGUUUUCUGACAGUUUGUCUGCAGUUAACCGAUUCCUCUGAAGAAACAAACAUGCUUGGUACUAACGACGGUCUCUAAUUUAUCUUUAGAGUUUUGUGAUGGCCGGCAUUGGUGCAUAUUUGAAGUCCCUCAGGCAGGGACUGAAGUUUGACUUCGUAAGGGAAGUCUGUCGUCAAUAUCCAACCAUCUGUUGUCUUAUGGUGUUCAUGUUUCUAUCAACCAUAACUCUUAAUAGAUAUCUUCAUAUUUUGAUGAUUUUUUGGUCAUUCUUGGCUGGGGUGGUCACAUUUUACUGUUCCUUGAGUCCCGAAUCUCUCCUGCCCAACCUUUUCGUCACUAUGAAGACUAAGAAAAAACAGCAAGAACAGCAAGAGUUAUUUCCUUUGGGACACAGUUGUGCUGUGUGUGGAAAAAGAAAGUGCAGUCGGCACAGACCAACACUUCUGCUGGAGAACUAUCAACCAUGGCUGGAUUUGAAAGUACAUUCAAAAGUGGAUGCCUCAAUAUCAGAAGUGCUGGAACUUGUUCUUGAGAACUUUGUGUAUCCAUGGUACAGGGAUAUCACAGAUAACGAGGCCUGUGUGGAUGAGCUUAGGCAGACAUUUCGAUUUUUUGCUGCAGUACUAGUAAGAAGAGCUCAGAAGGUUGAUGUCCCUUCACUUGCCACGGGCAAAAUGAUGAAAGCUGCCAUGAAGCAUAUUGAGAUCAUUGCAAAGGCAUGGCAAAAAGUGAAGAAUCCAGAGAAUCUUCAGCAAGCUGCUCUGGAUGAGUACGGCCCUGAUCUGCAUUUUGCUGUGCGCAGUCGCAAGAACGAAUUGUUCUAUCUCAGAAAACUCACCGAGAUGCUUUUCCCUUACGUCAUGCCUCCCAAAGCCACUGACUGCAGGUCCCUGACUCUUCUGAUUCGAGAAGUCAUGACUGGAUCCGUUUUUCUUCCAACUAUGGACUUCAUGGCUGACCCUGACACAGUGAAUCAUAUGGUUCUCAUAUUCAUCGACGAUACUGUACCAGAGCCUGCUACGGAACCCCCAUCUGCCCUGGUUCCCUUUCUGCAAAAGUAUGCUGAUGCUCGCAACAAGAAACCAUCUGUUUUGAAGUUGGAGCUUAAGGAGAUCAGAGAGCAGCAGGAUCUCCUUUUCCGCUUCAUGAGUUUCCUCAAACAGGAAGGAGCUGUACAUGUUCUGCAAUUCUGUCUUACUGUGGAGGAGUUCAAUGACAAAAUCCUGUGCCCUGAUCUGAGUGACUCAGAGAUGCGGCGUUUGCAUGGAGAGGUGCAGAAGAUGUAUGAGACUUACUGCCUAGAGGAGAGCAUUGACAAGAUCAGCUUUGACCCUUUAAUUGUGGAACAGAUCCGCACCAUUGCACAGGGUCACUACAAAGAUGUAGUGAAGCUGCAGACGUUACCUUGCUUGUUUGAAGCGUAUGAGCAUGUUCUGUCACUUCUGGAGAAUGUCUUCACACCCAUGUUCUCCCACAGCGAUGAGUACUUCAGGCAUCUUCUGUGGGGAGCUGAGUCACCCGCCAGGAACGCUAGGACGAACAGGAAUAGCUUGAAUUUGGAUGAUAUGAGGUACAUCUCUAAGCGUGGUGAGUCAUUUGGAAUCAGUCGCAUUGGGAGUAAAAUUAAGGGUGUGUUCAGGAGCAGCACUAUGGAAGGGGCCAUGCUGCCUGCUUAUGCUAUGAUCGAGGGUGAGGAUGAUCAGGUUGAGGAGGCCAUUAUGGUCGUUGAGGAUGACUCGCCUAUGGAGGUGACCAGUGCCCCUGGUGUCCUCCGCAAUCUGGCUGCUUGGAGCAUCACUAUCCCACUUGUGGACCUCUAUGAAGAUGAUAGCAAAAAGGAGAAAAUCCCUGUGUUCUGUAUUGAGGUGGAACGUCAUGACAGGAAAGAAGUUGGUCACGAGGUGGAGAAGUGGAUGGUGUACAGGAGAUACCUGGAAUUCUACGUCCUGGAAUCUAAACUCACUGAGUUCCAUGGGUCUUUCCCUGAUACACAACUCCCAUCUAAGAGGAUUAUAGGACCAAAGAAUAUAGAGUUCUUAUCAUCUAAGAGGGGAGAAUUUGAGGAAUAUUUACAGAAACUUCUCCAGCAUCCGGAGCUGAGAAAUAGUCAACUGCUGGCAGACUUCCUGUCUCCUCACAGUAUGGAAUCGCAGUUUCUGGAGAAAAUGCUGCCAGAUGUCAAUCUUGGGAAAAUUUUUAAAUCCGUACCAGGGAAGCUUAUUAAAGAGAAAGGCCAAAACCUGGAGCCAUUCCUCCAGUCUUUUUUCAGCUCGUGUGAAUCACCAAAACCAAAACCCAGCCGCCCUGAGCUUGUCGUUCUGAGCCCUACGUCUGAGACCCAUAAGAAGCUUUUCAACGAUAUGUACAAAAACAACGCCAGCCUGAUGGAUACAACGGAGAGGAAGCACAACCAGAACUACUUUAUGGAUUUGAUGGAUGUAGAUGGGGUUUAUGACUACAUGAUGUUUGUAGGACGAGUGGUGUUCCAUAUGCCAGACUGGCUGCAUCACUUCCUGUCAGGUGCUCGUAUCCUCUUCAAGAGGACAUUUGAGGCAUACAUGGACCAUUACCUACAGUCUAAACUGGAUCAGAUCCUUCAAGAACACCGCAUUGUCUCACUCAUCACCAUGCUCAGAGAUGCUGUUUUCUGUGAAAAUACCGAUGUCCGUUCUGCAGAGGACAAGCAAAGGAGGGCCAAGCAAACAUUUGAGGAGAUGAUGAACUACCUGCCAGAUGUUGUGGUAAAGUGCAUUGGUGAGGAGGCACGGUAUGAAGGAAUCCGAUUACUGUUUGAUGCCUUGCAGCAGCCUGUUCUCAACAAGCAGAUGACAUAUGUUCUGCUUGACAUUGCUGUUCAGGAACUCUUCCCUGAACUCACCAAGCAGAUGCAAAGAGACACCUCUUUGUCCAGACGAAUGUAGAACUCUCUCAGAUGCUUUCAGUGCACCUUCAGGGCUCUGGGAACUCACAACUUAUUGUAUGAACAUUCCACUGUCUAUUACUGCACA